GGUACCAGUAAGGGUGCCCCUUCAGGCACUAUGUGGAUGCAAUGCGGUGAGUCAGAUGUCAGAUGCAUGGCUCCGCAGUGGCAGCUGCCAUUGCACGCUGUGUCCGGCAAAGCAGAUGGUCCGAAGGCUUGCAAGUGCUGUCGCUCCAUCGCGAGCCGCUGUCGAGUCGCGCGCGCUCCGCAUCCAUCGCGGCCUGCGGCAAGGGCAGGCGCUGGCAAGCCGCGCUGGCGCUGCUCUGCUCAGGGCCCAAAGACGACGUGGUGCUUUUCAAUGCUGCGGCGGCGGCCUGCGGAAGCUCCGCGCAGUGGCAACAAGCCCUCGAGGUGCUGCAGAGCGCGAGGAUCUGGCGCCUGGAGCUGGACGUCACCGGGGCCAACACGCUGAUCAGCGCCUGCGGGCGCGCGGCCAGGUGGGAGCUGGCGCUGGCCAUGGCCCUCCAAAGGACUCCAGGUCUGCCUGUGUGCGGUGCCAAGGGCCUGGGCGCAGCCAUCCACGCGUGCGGGCGCGCGGGGCAGUGGCGUGAGGCACUCCAACUGCUGAGCCAUGUCCCCCCGCCCAGGCUCAGCAUUGGCUGCUAUAACGCGGCCAUGGCAGCGGCCUCCCACAGCUUGCAGUGGGCCCACGCCGUGGCGCUGCUCGCCCGCUUGGCAUUGGCGGGGCUGGAAGCCAACGCCAUCACGGGCGCCAGCAUGGUGCACAUCCUGGGCCUGGCCGGCAAAUGGCAGCUGGCGAUGGCCGUGCAGAACCUGGGCGGCCGCAAUGCCGUGGUGGAGAAUUCCCUGGUGGCCGCCUGUGCACGCGCCGGGCACUGGGAGCUGGCGCUGCUGGUGGCCGAAGCCCACGGAGGCCUUCUGUCCUCCGACUCGGUGGCGCGUGGGGCGGUGGCGGUGGCCUGUGCUCGGGCCUUGCGCUGGCAGCAGGCCUUGCGGCUCCACAGCACCACCGCUGGCCUGGCGGCAACGGCCUCCGCCUCCGCCGCUUGUGGGGGAUCCACGGAAGCAGCGGCGCUCAUGGGGCGGCGCGUCUGCCGGAAGCUGCGGAGUGCCCCCGGCAGCUGCCAGCAGUUCGGCGCCUGCCUGCUCGCCGUGCAGACCUGGCACGGCCUUGUGGCAUCCCCCGGCGCGGGCUCCGCGGGCUCCGCGGGCUCCGCGGCGCUCAGUGUGGGCCGGCGCUUGGGGCGCUUGCACCAGAGGCGUGUGGAGGCUCCGGCCCUGCAGCACCUCGACCCUUUCGCUUUCGACCGCGACGAGUCGCUGCUGGCGCAGCUCUUUGACCUGGGCCCCGCGCUGUCCCGCGCCGCCGCGGAGCGCCGGGGGCUGACCCUCACCCCUUUAUGCAUGCGGUGA